UGAGUGCAUCUCACCGCACGCAGAUGAACCCGAACGGCAAACAUUAGCACUCGCUCAGAAUGUUCGCUACCUGCCUGAAACCUGUGACCAGAUUCUGUUUCGUGUCACAAUUGGCUCGCAUAUGAUAUUAAUGUCGUUUGCCUUCAACAGCGCCACAUUUUGACUUCAUACAUUAAAGAGGCAGUAAGAGGCUACGCAAAAAAAGAAACGGAUAUUUCUCGGUUGGACAGCUGAACUGGUCGGGCGGGGAGCGGGGAGAUUAUGGAGGUGGAAGAGGCCGAACUUAUUCAACCAUCGGAGGACAGCGAGGCACUCAGCGGGCAGGAUGCGUUUUUCCAGGCGGCUGCGAACGGCGAAGUCGCCACACUGAAAGCGCUGGUGGAGAACCGCCUUGAACUUGGAAUUAAUCUCAACGGCCGAAAUGAUUCAGGAUAUACAGCACUGCAGAUAGCCGUCACGGAAGGCUAUGUCGUUAUCAUCACGGAACUUCUUCGUCUCGACGUCCUCGUUGGUGACGCCCUCUUAAGGGCAGCCGAGACCGAGUUCGAACAUGCCGUCAAGUGCCUUCUCGAAUAUGCUGAGCAAAAGCCAGAAGACGAGCGGGAUCGCAUCAUCAACUGUCGCUGCGAGGGGAGUGACUUCCACCCUCUCCUCACCCCUAUCAUGAGAGCAGCCCAAAAGAACAACUACUCAAUCGUGAAGAGACUCCUCGAUGCCGGUGCUCGUAUACCGGAGACAAAGUACGCCUCUGGCUCGGGCGGCGCGACCACGGUCGACAGCCUCCUCCAAUCGGUUGGUCUCGUGGAGCAGUACAGCGCCAUAGCUACCCCUGCUUACGUGACUCAAGCCUAUAACGACCCCAUCGACAAGGCUUUCCAGCUGACGAAGACACUCAACAAAAUAAGCUAUGCCGAGGUGGAACAUAAACUGGUAUUUCAAGAGAUGGCGAAGAAAAUGGAACAACUCGCAGCCGAUCUGAUAUCAGAAGCCAGGAACACAAAUGAGAUCCUGACUGUAUUGAAAUACUCGGAGAGGGCGCCAAAGAAGGCGACCAAGAAAAAUUCCAGCGCUACCGUCCUGCCAAAGAUUUCUCGUGCAAUCAAAUACAAACAGAAAAGAUUCGUGGCAGAGCCCAACUGCCAGCAGGCGGCCUCGACUCAGUUCCGUCGCCAGUUGGUCGGCGUAGGGGACUGGUCAGCGUUUAUGCAACUUCUGCUGCUUUUCGGAGUGAUACUAUCUCAUCCCCUGCUGAGCAUAGCGUACAAGAUGGGCGUCCGAGGCAGCCUGCGAAACUUUAUACGAACACCGUAUGUAAAGUUUAUGAUGCACCUGGGGUCAGACAUUGCUCUUCUGUCCAUCAUCACAGCUAAAGGUGUCUUUGUCUAUGAAAGUAUGGAAGUCAAAAUAUUUGAAAUCUGUAUACUUCUUGCAUUUGCUAUCGGAAUAGGUUAUAAAACACUGACGUAUCUCGUUGUUGAUAGACUAAAGUUCUUCUCCAACUUUGCGCACUACCGGGAUCUUCUUAUCGCAUCUCUCCUCAUUUUCCAGUGUCUCCUUGAAGGCCUUCAAAUUUAUGAGUUCCAAGCAGUUCAUUCCAACACCAUGGAACCGAUGAAACCAUUCGUGGAGCGACAUCAAAACGAGGUCACUGUACUCUCUAAGCCCAUCUUGGCCCUCGUCAGCGUCCUCGCCUUCCUGCGUAUCAUGCCGUACCUGACGGCGAACGACCUGGUGGGCGCCUUCCAGAUCUCGCUGGGGGACAUGAUCGUCAACACCUCCCAUUUUUUCGUCAUCCUCAUCGGCGUUUUCAUCGCCUUCUCGAGCGGGAUGACCUACAUCUACAGCAACACCAUACAGGGGUCUCGAGACCUAAGCUGCGAGUUCCGCCGUGGGGACUGCUCCGAUCUUGAAGUUCAUUUCAACAACAUCGGCCACGCCACGCUUACACUCUUCUGGACGUUAUUCGGUAUGAUCGGUAUCGAUAUCCUUAGCCUGCCAGCCAAUCAGCGGGUCCAGCAGAUAGCAGGAGUCGGCAUGUUUGUCCUCUUCCACCUAUUAGCUGUCCUCGUACUUCUCAACGCGCUAAUUGCUGUCAUGAGCAAUGUCUAUAACGCCGUUGAGGAGAACGGGGACGUUGAGUGGAAGUACUCUCGCACUGCAUUGUGGAUGUCUUUCAUGGAUGAUAUGUUUACUGUGCCCCCUCCCUUCAACCUCAUACCCGACGUGAGGAAUUUGUGUCGCCACUGUCACACAUGUUGGACCACUGAAGGCGGCGUUGUUACGACACCACCCAAGAAGGAGGAAGAUGACGUGGAUGAAUAUAGGACAGUAGGUCAGGAGGAUUAUGAGAGGGUGAUAAAGCAAUUGAUGGAACGGUACGUGACGAAAAGACUUACCACUGAACAAAGUGCUAACAGUGAAAUAGGACCCAUGGACAUCCGGGACCUUAGAAAUGACGUGGCUUCCCUCAGGUUUGAUGUGACGGCCAAGCUCGUGUACAUGGAGGAAGCCAUUAACAGCGGAAACAACCAGAGUGACAAGAUCUAUGGACAAAGUGAGGAAGCAGGCAACAUCUUUGACAGAACUCUGGAAAUCGACCAGAUGGUGAAUAAAUACAAGUACGCCAUCACAGAGAUAUAUCACAACGUCGAAAAAUACAAGGACUUCAUCCCGGCUCUCGAACAACUCAACUCCAUGAUGGAUACGAUGAUGCAGUCGGAAUCCAAAUCUAGCGCUCACGUCUACGGCUCCAAGCUCGUCCCCAACCUCGUCAGGCGCUACGAAAAGGCGAAAAAGCCGGCGCCGAAGGAAGGGGGUCGACGCUCCGGUGCCUUUAAAGUCGGGAGCCCGCAUAGUUUGCCUGAUGCGAGCAGGAUGCACGUAAGGCAGGGAGCCGAGUCCCGUUCAGCGUUCUCGUCGCAGUCAAGCCUUAACAGGACCGGGGACGGAGACCAAGACGACCCCCCUCCGUAGAACGUUCAUAAGUGAAUAUAUACCUUUUUAGAAUAAUAACCCAUCAGAGAGACAUUUUAAAUGAAUUCUUUUAAUGACUAGCACUUUCAUGGCAAGGCUAAUGCCAGAAUUCUAUUUCAUUUUGUUGUCUAAUGCUCCUUGUAUUAAGUUAAAGGAUCUCAAACUCGAGUUUAUUGAAUGCUUUGUAUUUCAAGAUUUCUAUAAUAGGAUGGUGGUGAGCAAACUCACUGAAAAAUAUUUUAAACAUGUGUUUGGG